AAUUUCUCCGAAGGCUUUCUUCUUCAUCUCUUCUUGUAAACUUUUAGCAGUAACCGUUCAAAUUUAGUGGGAACACAGAGAGCUUCUGGUUAUUUUUGGUUGCUUAUGAUUUUCUACAGUUAUGGAUUUCAAAAAGGUUCUGAAAAAGCUCUCGUUUUCGGAUUCCAAGAGAAAGGUGGUGUCUGGUUUCGGUUUGGGUAUAGGAGCUUCACUCAUUAUUCUUGCAGUGAUUUUCCUCAACGAUCCCUUCAAGGUCUCAAUGUUCAAUCCCUUCUUUCAAGGUUUUAAUGGCCCUACUGGUAAAUCUUCUCCUGUUUCUUGGUCAUUCCCAUUAUCAAAAACUGCAAAUUAUUCUUCUAGUUUCUUUAAACCUCAACCCCAAACCCAAGAAAAUAAUUUCUCACAGAAAUCUAAACAUGUAGUUACAGAGGAAACUUUACAAACCCACGGGGAAGGUAAAUCUAAAAAUGUAAGUGGGGAAGAAACCUCACAAACCCAUCAAGAAAACUACAUAGAGAAACCCAAGAAUGUAGUUAUCGGGGAAGCCCAUGUGGAGAAUUUCUCUGACAAGAAUAAAAAUGAAAGCUUGAUCAGUAAAGAUGAGAGGGUUGCUGAGAAAACUUACCAGUGGAGCUUGUCAGGAGAAGUUGGCAAUGCAAGUGCAAAUCUUUCCAGUAUUGAAAAAAAGAAUGUAGGGAAGAAAUGUGAAGGGAAACUGGUGGUGGAUCCGACCUGCCCGAGGAAAUCUGCCGGAAAAGAUACUGACGCCCUUGGUCAUGAAAACAGGGUUACUGAUACUACUAGUAUGCAGAAUGUUUCUAAUGGGGAGAAUGUGGGAUCUCUUGGCACAUAUGAAAGGGCUUCAGAGACAACACAUGAAGGGGAUUUGUCCAAAAAAGAUAACAAGAGCUCUUCUAUUGAUUACAAAAAGGUGGAAAGCCUUGACAGUGAUUUGGUGAACUGUGACAUCUUUGAUGGCAGAUGGGUGAGAGACAAAAGAAUGCCACAUUAUCCAGCAGGUUCUUGUCCUCAUAUUGAUCGAGAUUUCAACUGCCACCUUAAUAGAAGGCCAGAUGAUGGUUUUCUGAGAUGGAGAUGGAAGCCUAAUGGAUGCGACAUCCCUCGCUUGAACUCGACUGAUUUUCUGGAGAGACUCAGAGGAAAAAGACUGGUUUUUGUGGGAGAUUCACUGAGCAGAAAUAUGUGGGAAUCUCUUGUUUGUAUCCUUCGACAUGGAAUUAGAAACAAGAAAAGAGUCUAUGAGAUCUCAGGAAAAAAGGAAUUCAAAAAGAAAGGUUUUUAUGCUUUCAGAUAUGAGGACUAUAAAUGUUCCAUAGAUUUUGUGAAUACUCCGUUUCUGGUUAGAGAAUCAUCUUUUAAACGUGGAAAUGAAUCAAUUGAGACCCUAAGACUGGAUUUGAUGGACCGGACAACAUCAAUGUAUCAUGAAGCUGAUAUUGUAGUCUUCAAUACAGGACAUUGGUGGACUCAUGAGAAAACUUCUAAAGGGGAAGACUACUAUCAGGAAGGCAAUCAUGUGUACCCAAGACUCAAAGUCCUAGAAGCAUACAAGAGGGCUCUUAAUACUUGGGCUAGAUGGGUUGAUGGGAACAUCAAUACCAAUAGAACUAAAGUGUUUUUCAGAGGUUAUUCAGUCACCCAUUUCAGAGGGGGCCAGUGGAAUUCAGGGGGGCAGUGCCACAAGGAAAUUGAGCCAAUCUUCAAUGAAACUUACUUAGGAAAGUACCCUUCGAAGAUGAGAGUUCUGGAGUAUGUGCUACAACAGAUGAAGACUCCUGUAGCGUAUCUGAAUAUCAGCAGGCUUACAGAUUACAGGAAAGAUGGACACCCUUCAAUUUAUAGAAAGGAAUACAAGACUGUACAAGAACAGAUUGCAGCUGUGACAUCUCAGGAUUGUAGCCAUUGGUGUUUGCCAGGAGUACCAGACGUAUGGAAUGAGUUGCUUUAUGCUUCUCUGUUGAAGAUAACCGGAGGAUUACGGAGAAACUGAACACCAGUUCAUAUUAAUUUCAAAUUCAAUUUUGUUAAUUUUCUCUCCUUUCUACUCAAAAUCUACGUCAAAUGUAUCAAAUUCAGCGAGUUCUCUGAAAACUUAUACAGGCUAGUGAAGUGUGCCGGGUAUUAGAUUCCUGGCAAAAGGACAAGAUUCUGUAAAUUGAGGA